AACGGUUCCCAUUUAACUAAUACAAAAAUAAUGUCAUAGUGCAGAAUAUUGCCUCCGAACGCUCUCCACGCAUGAUGCAGAUCAGAUUAGAUGGCAUGGUGAUGAGGAGGAGGAAACAGUUGGUUAUAGUUUGAUAUCAGGGGGCUGGUCUGAAUCUCGCUGUCCUUUAUUGGCGUGGAGAAAAAAGCCAGACGCACUUUGGAGUUCACUGCCGGGACGUAGCAAUCCUUUUAUCCACACACAGUGCAGGCUGUGUGGCUCUGCUCUCCGACGUCCCCUCUCCUCUGCUUACUGUCGUGUCUCCUCUUCUGAACAGAGCCAAACGGAGGAGCGUCUGCCCGGGAAAUAUUCUCCACUCUCUGGACUGGAUGGGAAGAAGGAGAAUCUCUGACCUUGGAAAAUGAAGAUGUUGUUGCCAUGGGAACUGUUAAUCCUUCUGUUACUCAAAGAGUGCCUGGCUGUGAAUACGCGCCAUGGUCCUGUCUUCACGCAGGAGCCUAGUGACAGUAUUUUCCCCCUGAGCACUGAUGAUACGCAGGUGUUUAUUAAUUGCAAAGCAAAGGGAAACCCACCUCCGCAUUACAGGUGGAAAAUGGAUGGGAGAGAAAUAAACACAGAGUCCGAUCCAAACUACAGCCUCGUGGAGGGGAACCUAUUGAUCAAUGAUCCUCAUGUCAUCGAUCAUGCAGGAGUGUAUCAGUGCAUCACCACCAACACAUUUGGGACCGUUGUCAGCCGGGAGGCAAAAGUCCAGUUUUCAUUUCUGCAGAACUUCAGCAGGAAGUCAAGGAACACGGUGUCGGUGAGAGAGGGUCAAGCCGUGGUUCUGCUCUGCGGCCCUCCACCCCAUUACGGAGAGAUCAAAUAUUCAUGGGUUUCCAACGGACAGCGGAGCCUCCUGCAACAGGACGCCCGUCGUUUUAUCUCUCAGAGGACGGGCAACUUGUACAUAGCCAAAGUUGAAGCCUCAGACGCAGGGAACUACACGUGUGUGGUGAGAAACAUGAUGACCAACACCACAGUGCUCAGCUCUCCAACCCCUGUGGUGGUGCGGAGAGACGUUGUCAUGGGUGAAUACGAGCCAAAGAUUGAGGUUCAGUUUCCCGACACCCUUCACAUCUCUAAAGGAUCAUCAGUGAAGCUGGAAUGCUUUGCCUUAGGAAACCCUGUGCCUACCAUCUCAUGGAGAAGAGCUGAUGGAAAUCCAUUCCCUGGCAAGAUUAAAAUCAACCACUCCAGUGGGGUUCUGGAAAUUCCAUAUUUUCGCCCGGAGGACGCUGGUGUGUACGAGUGUGUAGCCGAAAACAGCAGAGGACGAAAUGUUGCCAGAGGGCAACUUCUAUUUCACAAUGUUGAGCAUCUGCAGUGGGUUCAGACACUGAAAGAUGCUCAUAUGGCAAUUGAUGCUAAUCUGCAGUGGGAAUGUAAAGCCAGCGGUAAACCCAGGCCUACAUACAAAUGGAUGAAGAACGGUCAUCCGAUGACAGCAGAGGAAAGGAUCCAUGUGGAAGCUGGUAGGCUGACCAUAUCCAGGAUAAAUCUGUUGGACUCUGGGAUGUAUCAGUGUGUAGCAGAGACUGAACAUGGAGCCGUGUAUGCCAGCGCUGAGCUCAAGGUUGUCGCCUCCCCACCGGACUUCACCCGAUGGCCCGUGAAGAAGUCCACAGUGAUCCAGAGGGGGGGCGAGGUGGUCUUGGAGUGUCGCCCCCACGCUUCCCCCAGGGCCACAAUCUCCUGGUGGAGAGGGGGCGAACCCCUAAAGGACAGCAAGAGACAGACUAUCAUGGAGGAUGGGACUCUACGUAUCACCAACAUCUCCAAAUUGGAUGGAGGCAGGUACACAUGUUUGGCCAGAAACCAUUUUGGAACAUCCAGCAGCACAGGAACGCUGGUGGUAAAAGAGCCCACCAGGAUUAUAGUCCCACCCCUGAGUUUGGAUGCCACUGUGGGGCAGAGCCUUGUGCUGCCAUGCGAGGUGUCCAGUGAUUCGUCCCUGAGUCCCAUCUUCAAGUGGUUUUUCAACGGCAAAGCUAUUGAUUUCAGCCGGCAGGAUCACUUUGAGAUGAUUGGAGGGGGAUUUGCAGGUGACCUGAUGGUGAGGAACAUUCAGCUAAAGCAUUCUGGGAAAUAUGUGUGUAUGGUACACUCUGAAGUUGACACUGUCUCAGCAGCAGCAGACUUAAUUGUCAGAGGAUCCCCUGGUGCCCCGGAGGGCCUGGUGGUGACUGACAUCUCUGACACCACUGUGCAACUGUUGUGGGGCUCUGGACCUGACAACCACAGUCCUGUUACCAUGUACAUGGUGCAGGCCAGGACCCUCUUCUCCAUAGGCUGGCAGACUGUGAGAACAGUUCCUGAUUCUGUGCCUGGACAGAUGAUGCAUGCAACAGUGAGAGAUUUGAACCCCUGGGUGGAUUAUGAAUUCAGGGUGGUUGCAAUCAACAGUGUUGGUGUUGGAGAACCCAGCACGCCGUCAAAACAGACUCGAACCAAAGCAGCAGUUCCCAAGGUUGCACCAGUUAAUGUGAGUGGUGGCGGAGGAGCUCGUGGAGAACUUGUCAUCAUGUGGGAGCCAGUUCCAGAGGAACAGCAGAGCGGAGAGGACUAUGGCUAUGUUGUGGCUUUCCGCCCUCUUGGCAGCAGCACCUGGAUCCAGACAGUGCUGGCGUCACCUGAUGCAUCCAGGUAUAUUUACAGAAACGACAGCAUCGCUCCCCUGUCACAGUUUGAAGUGAAAGUGGGCGUGUACAACACCAUGGGAGAGGGACCGUUCAGCCACGUCAUCACAGUUUUCUCCGCAGAAGAAGAGCCCUCUGAGGCGCCGUCAAGAGUUUGGGCCCGCGCUGUGUCAGCGUCUGAGAUCGAAGUGUACUGGGAGCCAAUUCCCCCCGGGUCCAGCAGUGAGAAGAUCAUUGCAUAUGAGGUUCUCUUUUGGGAGGAAGGAUCUCAGCCGAGAGCAGAGAGAGUGAGGGUUAUCGACACCUCAGCUCUGCUCUCUGGCUUGAAGGGCAGCACAGUCUAUCUGAUCUCAGUCAGAGCCCAAAACAGCGCAGGACUCGGACCCUGCAGCCCAGCUUUCAACAUCACAACCAAGAAACCACCUCCAAGUCAGCCUCCGGGGAAUAUUGAGUGGAACCUGACCAACUCUAAGAUUUUUCUGAAUUGGGAACACGUCAAGGCGAUGGAAAAUGAGUCUGAGGUGACAGGAUACAAGGUUGUGUAUCGGCAGAACUGGCACGGCAGGACUUCUGUACUGGUAACCAAUAAGACCAGUGUGGAGCUGCAAAUCCCCUCCGGAGAGGACUACCUCAUUGAGAUCAAAGCUUUGACCGAAGGGGGCGAUGGCACCAGCAGCGGCCCCAUCCGCAUACCAAAGAUGUCCAGUCUUAACUCAAAAGGGUAUGUGUCUCCAGUUCCAAUGAAGAUUUGCUGUUUUAUGAUGUUUUUUGUAUUUUUUAUGUUCCUUAUGUAGCUUCUAGCUUCUGUAUGCCUCCAUAUUCAGCUCUGGACUUUAGAAUGAAUAUAGUUUUUGAUUUUCUUCUAUGUGUCAGAUGUAUUGAAUAAGAAUCUAACUUGAGUGUUUCUCAACCACUGGUUUGCAAACCAAAACAAGAUGAUGGGAGUUUUCUGUCAAAUGCCCACACAUCUGUGGCUGGACUGUUAUUCACAGGCAACAGCACGGUUACAAAACAUUUUCAUCUGCCCAUUUUCAGGACCACUGCAACCCUCCAGGAUGCAGGAGUUUGAUAAACAUGGAAAUAUGAAUUUCUUAUCUGUCCCAGUUUCCCAUUUUGCCUCAACUUCCAAGUUAUUUCUUGGCUUGCUGUGACCGCUAUGAAUGUUACAGACCAAAAUGUAAAAGUUUUCCUAUUUAACUUCUGGUUAAAGUACCUUUUAAAAGCGCUUGAUAAAUAAAGUGUAUUAUUAUUAUUAUUAUUAUUAUUAUUAUUAACAUACGAUACAUAUAUAUGUGCUUAGCACUACACAGCCCUCAACCGCAUCAGUUUGUUUCAUAGGUAGCUACUAGCGCUAAAGUAGGAUCAGCUCAGCUCCUGAGCGUACUCCCAUAACAAACCAGCAGUGAUUUUCUCAAAGGCACACUUCACUGAUGAAGCAUUGACCAUUGUCAGUGUCACAAAGGAGGUCAAAAUUCAUUCAGCAGAACCAGACAUUCGGUCAGAGAUUUGGGUUUGUUAUGGUAGUAGCAACUAAUGUAGCCUUAAGCUGCUAGCCUCAACCAUGAAUAUGGAUCCACUACUUUUCUUGGCAAGACCUAAAAGUUGUUUAAAAGGCUUUACACAACUUAGUUUUUUACAUAUACAGUAGUAUUCCCCAGGAACCAUAAACACACUUUGAUGUUAUAAAAAGAAUGUUGAGUUCCCCUUUAAAUCUGCAAAGUUUGCUUUUCAAGUAAAAUCUCAAUUUCUUCUUUUGUUUGUCUUUGCAAAAAUCGUAUUUCUAUUAGCUUUUUUGAAAGUAGAAAAUAAAACAGACUCAAAUGUUCAAUGCGUAAGAUCUGCCAUAAUUUAAACUUAAAACAUUAAAAUAACGAACUAGCAUUAUCAACAGAGUGUGAAGAGGUAACAGUGUUGACGUUCUGUCAAAGACGUCUUUGUGUUGUGUUGCAGAGAUAUCUACUGAAGUUAGCAUGCUAACUGACUAAUGACGCUGGUCCAGUCUGUAAUACCACUUGCUCCUCUAGAGCCGAUAGUAGCAUCAGUCUGCCCUCAGUACAGAGUGAGAAGUACAGCUGCCUGACUCGCUUGUAAAUAUUACAGCCAUGUUCUGUGUCUGUUUAUUGGAUUACAUUCAAAGUGGCAGAAA